AUGCUGCAGCUUUCACGCCUGAUGCAGUGCGCCAUGGUUGCCUCCGCCUCCUCCUCCGUCCUUGCCUCCGCACGUGCGUUGAGCAGCGGGCGUCUGGUGAGAAAAAAUGCGUUUGCUUCCGCGAUGGCUGGCGAGAGCGGCGUGGACGGAGAUGGUGAGGGCGGGGGCAGCGAUGACAUGGAGGUCGUCCGCACCGUCCGUAGCGACACGAUUGGCGGCGCGGAGGCAAACGCCGGUGUGCAGUUUGACUUUUCCGGCUAUGAGGCAGACAUUGGAGAUGGUGCAGUGCUGCCGCUGCCGCUGCCGCUGCCGCUGUCGCUUCCACUCUCCCACCAGCAGCAGCAGCAGUGGAAGCAAAAGCCGCAGCGACACGGCGCGUCACCACGCCUGUCGCCGUCCUCGUUUUUGCCGCCAUCGCUACCAAAGGAGGUUCUGCGCGUCUCCGACGCGGGUCGUCUCGUGGAGGCCAAAAGGCGGCGAGGGCAGGCGCAGGGGGCGCAGGCGGACGACGCGGCGGGGGCAAUGGACAACUCUGGGGGGUUGCCGGUGGGCGGGGAGGCUGCUGGGCACGAGCCCGCGGGUGACGAUCACGCUACCGCCCCCAAUGGCCACGUGCAUCAGAAGCGCCCCAGGAAUGACGGCGACAAGGCCAAUGGCUGGAGGGAUAACAUUAACGAUAACAAUAACCACCUCAUCCCCACGGGGCUCACGAACCCGUUUCUUGGGCUCCACGACCACAUCACGCGCAGCUACCGCCUUGAUCAGCUGCUGGCCGUUGCACGCCCCGAGGACGUCCUACUAGGGCGGCAGGAAAUGAAGUCAGGGGCCUUUUCGUUUAUUCGUUUUGAGACUGGCCCACAGUUCUUGGCACAUAACGCGAAGAGUUCCUCGGUGUCGCAGAGCGGCGCAGUUACCCACAACGAUUGCGCUCUCGUGGUGGCGGAGCGACUGCUUGCCUUUCCCCCACACAUGCGGCACUUCCACACUGUGUGUGGUCGUGAGAAUGUUCCGUGCGACUUUUUUGCUGACGUUGACCUGCCGAAUGAGACCCCCGCAUCGGGGGAGAAAUUGCUGCUCGAGAUGCUGAACUACCUUGAGGUGCGGCUACAGGGUAUUGGCUUCCACCAGCCCUCGUUUCUAGUCUUCACAAACGAGGUCCCAAGCGCGGAUAAGGUCUCGUACCACGUGCACGCUCGUUCGCUGGCUCUCCCAGGCAAGGAAACAAAGGCGGAGGCGGAGGGUGAGUCCGACGACGUGGACCGCGACGCGGGCAAGGACGAAGCCCUGGGGAAGGGGUCGUUCCAGCGACAGCGGAGCAGGGGGAAGGAGACACCAGCGAAGAAGCCAAAGCUAAAGAAGUUUAUUGCUUUUCAGGAUUACCGGGUCGUUAAGCUCCUUGCGGAUGAGGUUAACACGACGUUAGGGCGCAAUGUAGUGGACGAGCAGUGUUACCGCACGAACGGCAUGCUGCGUUGCGCCUUCAGCAGCAAGAUUGUCCCCUCCCCCAACGGUGGGGUGGUGCGCCCCAAAGGCAAGCAACUAGUCCCCAUGCUCAAGGCCCAAGAUGCGGCGCUGCAGCGACGGCUCAAUGACAUGGCUGCGUACCUGGACACACUUAGCGAGGCCGAGAUACUAGAGCGCACCUUUGGCACCCGCUUCGCCCCAGUCACGGAAAGUCAUAGGGCGGACGCCGUGAAGGACACCUCCCGGAGUUUUAAGCUACUGAGGGCGAAACAUGUGUUGGGCCCGAAGGAGGCGGAUGCGGUGGAAUUUGACGCCUACGGCAACUCCGUCUCUGUGUAUCUCACGGAGGGAGCCAAGUGGCGUCGGUUCAAAACGGUAAUUGACAAGCUGCGACGCAUGCCGCCACAGUCGGCGGAGAGUUACGACGUUUGGGUGCGUGUAGGUCUCGCACUGCACAACUUCAGCAACGAAGACCACGUCUUUGAGGAGUGGGUGCGCUUCUCGCUAAAGUGCCCACAGAAGUACUCACGCGAGUCAUGCCGGAAGAAGUGGCAACAAUUUGAACGAAAUCCUGACGCACUCAACUGGCGGCGUGGGUUUAACUACCUGAACUCCACCGUAUGGCGGUCUUUGCAGCGGUAA